UCAACUGCUUAGAAACGUCUCGUCGUCUUUUUUCAGCAAUGAACCGUCCAUUUAAAGUUGAACUUAUUUUUUGGCGUUGUGUUGUUUUUCUUUUUUUCUCAUUAUUGCGAAAUAGUGUAUGUUUUAAUAUUUUACUUCUUUUUAAAUUUUAGUUUUCUUAAAAAAUGAGCAACAAACCUACACGUCCAGGCCCUUGGUUAACAAUUUGGAAAUUACUUUGGGCAGAUACAAAACUUCCGAAACACUAUAUCGGAGAAGAUCAAUAUGGAAAUAGGUACUACGAAUUGUCUAAGCCGAGAAGUUCGGGAAAUGUUUCGAGAGGUUAUGAUCCAGCGCCUGGCGCUCCAGACCCGCCAGUUGAGUGGCUUUCUUGGACAAAAAUGACUCGUCGAUUUCCGCCUUCGGAAGAGGAGAUUAGGCUUAAUAGAGCUAGACAACAACAACAAUUAGAAGCCGAUGCAGAAACAGAAAAAAGAGCACCAACAGUUGCUACAAAAGGAGGGGCUGUAGAAAAAGACAAAGGCUUUCCUGAGUACAAAGAAAAAGAUUUUGAACACAUUCCUGGUGCCAAAAAAGAAGAUAAAAGGCUUAGUGAUAAAGAAAAAGUUUCGCCAUUGCAUGGUUCUCCUUAUCCUGAUUAG